AUGAAUGAGCAACAUUUUACAUUGAAAGAUGCCCUUGAAAUAAUAGAUGGUGACUUAAGUGAAAUUGAUGGGAAUGAAAAUGAAAUUGAAAAUGAAGACCCAGAUGACACUAACUGGCUAAUUGGGGAUCACCAUGUCACUGAUAGUGACAGUGAUGAUGAUGUGCCACUUAUUGAGUUAUCCAAUAAAAGAAAGAAAAUAACGGACGACUAUGACAGUGAUGAUGACAUACCUUUACAACAGUUGCUUAAUAAUAAACUAACACUACCUAACAAUUACAAGUGGUGUAAGCAAAUGUUUACCCCUCCAUCAGAUACCAAGUUCCAUGGUAAUACAACAUUGCCACCACUGCCUACAUCAAGUGACGGCGAGAUAACACCGUAUUCACUAUUUAAAAUGUUCAUUACAGAUGAUAUGUUGGCCACAGUGGCCAAAGAAACCAACAAGUAUAGUGUUGAAAAAGACGGAAAAUCUACCAAUACCACCCCUCAGGAACUAGAGCAGGUGCUUGGGAUAUAUUUUUUCAUGGGACUCGCACAGAUGCCUAAUGCACGAUGCUACUGGGAACAGGAAGUAGUUUAUAGUUCCAUCUCUAGUGUUAUGGCACGGGAUCGAUUUCUGAAAUUAUUAUCGAGGCUCCAUUUUGAUGACAAUAACAAUGCAACAGAUAAAAUGAAAGAAGACAAAUUAUGGAAAAUUAGAAGUUGGUUUGAGGCGAUGCGGAAAAACUGCAUGACUAUACCACCAGGAGAGUGCCAAUCUGUUGAUGAAAUCAUUAUCCCUUUCAAGGGUAGGUCACAUUUGCGUGUGUACAUGCCAAACAAACCUCACAAGUGGGGAUUCAAGCUAUGGGGUAGGUCGGGGUCUGAUGGCUAUAUUUAUGACUUUGACUUGUACCAGGCAGCCUUCAAAGAUGACAAAUCAGAACUUGGUCUCGCUGCAGGUGUAGUUGAGAAGCUGACAAAUACUUUGCCAUCAGAUCGGCAUUUCAAAGUAUUUGCCGACAACUACUUCUCGUCUAUACCACUUGUAGAAAAAUUAAAAAAAAGAAAGAUAUGGUACAUUGGCACUGUGCGCAUGAAUAGGGUAAAAAAUUGCAAAUUAUCUGAUGAUAAGGAACUGAAAAAAAACAAGCGUGGGCACUACGAGUACAUGGUUGAAGAAAAAACAAAUACGGUUUGUCUUCGUUGGGUUGACAACCGACCUGUCAGCCUGAUAUCGUCAUACGUUUGUGCAGACCCAGUUGGACAAGCGAGACGUUGGAACAGAAAAGAAAAAAAAUAUGAAACUGUUGACAAACCUGCCAUUGUCGAAGAGUACAAUAAGUUUAUGGGUGGCAUAGAUCUUCUCAACAUGUGCACAUCCAUGUACAAGUACAACUUGCGAUCGGCUCGAUGGUAUUUAUACCUCUUCUGGUAUUCUGUUACCAUUGCUUUGGUAAAUGCCUGGUUUGUGUACCGAAGGUAUCAUGGUGAAAUUGGCACAGAAAAGAGAAAAAUCAUGAGAUUGAGAAAGUUCCAGGCAUUGUGUGCCCAAUCACUGACGAGUGCUGGAAAAGAGAAAAAGAAACGUGGGCGUCCGUCUGAGGAAGACUGGUUGUUACACCAAUCUCCACCGGUGAAACGACCAAAAUCCUCCAAAUUGGUCGCACCUGAUGUUCGGAGCGACGAAUACAACCAUUUCCCAACAUGGGACAAAUCUCGCCAGCGAUGCAAAUUAUGUCCUGCAGCAAAACCGUUCUUUAGCUAUGUGAAAUGCCAAAAAUGCCAAGUCCACCUCUGUUUGAACAAAGACAGAAAUUGUUUUUACGCAUUUCACCAGUGA